GAUGGUGGUAUGCAGAUGAUAGUGCAGAGAAAGAAGACGACGGUGGUAGGGAUGAAAAUAAGGUAUCCAACAAAGAUCGGAAGCCUGAAGCGCCAAGUUGUGAGAAAAGUUUAUUCGAAUGGUUCUGGGAAAACAUGAGUCAGGAUGACUCUGUUGAUAAAGAAAGCGUUAAUGAAUCAUGUAGUGGCGAAUAUCUUGACAACACAGAAAAUAAAAAUGAAAAGGACGAAAACAAAGCACUUAUCUGUCACCAAACUGCCGAUAGCGAUGAAAAAGAAAUACUUGAGGAAGACUCGAAGCAGGAUGAAGGAGGAGAACCUAAAUUGGAGGAUGAUCAUGGAUUAGUAUUCGAUAAGGGAAAGAUAAUUGAUAGGAAUGCUGCAUCUGACGUACAUCGUAAUGAAUUAGGAGAUAACAAAGUAAAAGGAAAAGGGGUAAAGAUGAAAAAUGAUGAGGAAGUGGUAAUGAAUCGAGUGAAGAAUGAUUAUGUGGAUG